UUUUCACUGUUUUAGUCAUAGCUUGAUUCUAAAGCAACCUGGCAGCAUCAUAACCCAUCAAAAUUAUUAUCUAUGGUCUGCACUGCACAGUACGUCAGUACACACCAAAACUAAAGCAAACUGCAACCUCAAAAGCUGCUCACCCUAAUUCAUCUUUAAUUAAACAAACACCCAGAUAGAUUCCUCUACACUCUAGUUUCUUCUUUUCGUUUUAGUAAAAAAAUAUAAACUCCCCACAUGUGAAUAAAGCCUUGUCACUCCCCAGAUCAUUUACAAUCCAAGCAAAGUAUCAAUAUAGUUUCUUUCCCACUGCUCUCCCUCUCUCUCUCUCUCUCUCUCUCUCUCUCUCUCUCUCUGUGUGCGUUAGUCACAGCAAUGGCCACACUCUUCUUCAUGACCUCCUUCUCCAUUCUGUUUCCUGCCCUGAUUCCAUCAGCUUCCCCAGCCAAUGUCCCUUCCAACACAUGCCGAUCCUACUGCGGGAACAUGACCAUUGAUUACCCAUUUGCCCUCCAAUCCGGGUGCGGGCACCCGGGUUUUCGGAACCUCCUGUUUUGCAUGAACGAUGUUCUCAUGCUCCACAUAAGCUCCGGAUCCUACCGGGUCUUGGAUAUCGACUACGCCUACCAAUCACUCACCCUUCACGACCCCCACAUGUCGAACUGCUACUCCAUCGUCCUGGGGGGCCGUGGAAAUGGAUUCGAGAUCGAGCAGUGGCGAGCUCCAUAUUUGACUCCAACGCCCGACAACGUGUUCAUGUUGAUCGGGUGCUCUGCGGAAUCCCCUCUCUUUCAGGGGUUUCCGGAGAAGCACGUGCCAUGCCGAAACGUUUCAGGCAUGGGCUGCGAGGAGUACUACGGAUGCCCAGCUUGGGAUGUGGUGGGACACAAGCGGGUGGGGGUGGCAUUCGGGUCAGGUCCACCAGGGUGCUGCGCGCUGCCUUUCGACGCCAUAAAGGCUAUAAACUUGACCCGGCUCCAAUGUGAGGGGUACAGCAGCGCGUACAGCCUCGCGCCGCUGCAGCUGAGCGGCGCGAGCGGAUGGUCGUACGGGAUACGUGUGAAGUAUUCCGUACAACGAAACGAUGCAUUUUGUCGUGCGUGUGAAGCCACAGGAGGAUUGUGCGGCUACGGUGGUGAAGGAAAUGAGAUGAUGUGCUUGUGUGGAAGCUGGAAUUCUACAUCUAAUUGCGAUUCAGUCACCUCUUCAUCCUUCAGGCAUGCGUCGUCCUUGGCGCACACAUUAAGUGGAAUCUCUAUUUCUUUCAUGAUAUGGACAGCAAGUCAUCAUCGAAGUUGAACUCAUGAUCCAAAAUCAUCACAUUCCAUUUUAGAGAGAGAGAGAGAGAGAGACCAAGUCUUUGUUUGAAGGUCCCAACAUGAUCGUUAGUGUUUAAAAUUUGAGAUUUUGAUAUAAUUUAUGUAAAUAAUAAAGUUUAAACUAGUCAA